GGCAGGUGUGUCUAUCAUGAAACGCAGUAUGCGGCUCUAUUCUCCCUUCUACUCUUCUGACGUCAUCAUUGCAUCUCCACUGGGUCUGCGCACAGUUCUGGGUGCCGACGGUGAGAAAAAGAGAGACUUUGACUUCCUGUCCUCCAUUGAACUUCUGAUUGUGGACCAGGCAGAUGUGCUCCUCAUGCAGAACUGGGAACACUUGCUGCAUGUGUUGAAGUAUUUGAAUCUGCAGCCGCUGGACUCUCACGGUGUUGAUUUCUCUCGUGUACGCAUGUGGAACCUGAACAACUGGGCAGCGCAUUAUAGACAGACGCUGGUGUUCAGUGCCAUACAAGAGCCUCAGAUCACCAACAUCCUUACCAAACACUGCCACAACUACAGGGGUCAGGUACACAACCAAACGCCCUGAGAACUGUUCAAAUUGUGAAGUAUUUGUAUUU